GAAAACGAAGAAGGGAGUGGCAGGAUUUUGCUAGGGCUGAAAAGCUGCAGAAAUUAAUUUACUUGAACCCAAAGUAAACCAUCUCCUGGUUAAGAAAGCCAGGAAGGUAGCCAGGUGAAGCAAAGGACAAGACAUCACAGGAAGCCAAUGGAGACAUCAAGCAAGCAAGCUGACAAGUGAUGAAGUGACAGGAGCAGAGUGAGCUGUACUCUCCCUUGCAUAAAAAGAUACAGUGUUUUUUCUUCUUCAAAAAAAUUGUGCUAUGGAUUGAGUGCUACAAUACGAAAUACCCUAACAUGGCCUGUUGGCUAGGAGAGACCCAUCCAUUCACUCACCUUGUCUCAAUCUGUACUGGGAAAAGGGAACUCAUGAGUUUGUUCCGUGUGUAUGGACUCACCGAUUUUUCUCGGCUCCGAGAGCUCCUCUCCACCUACCCCGACGAUCUGCUCCGAUGAUGACAAAGACGACGACCUGGGUUAACCUAAGUGAAUCACCACACGUCUCCAGCCAGCACUAUAUACACGCACAACCACUCACUCACUCAGGUGCCGUCCGGUGCAGAGCCAGAUAGAGUUACAGCCUUCCAGCAAGAAAAACCCAAGACACAAAAUCAAGAGGUGAGGUCCAGCCAUGGAGGGGGCGAUGGUGGAGUGGUGGCCAUGGUUCGGAUCGGCAGUGGCGAGCACCAUCUUCCUAUGGUCCAUGGUGCAGAACCACAUCCCGGACACCCUCCGGCUCAACCUCGCCGCUUUGGCCGCCAAGCUCACCGCCUACUUCAACCCUUACCUCCAGAUCACCAUCUCGGAGAACGGCGCCCAGCGCUGGAAGCGAAGCGAGCUCUUCCUUGCCGUCGAGGCCUACCUGAGCGACGCAUGUGCCCGUCGCGCGCGCAGGCUCAAAGCCGAGCUCGGCAAGGACAGCAAGAACAUCCAGGUCUCCAUCGACGACCACGAGGGGGUCACCGACGACUUCUCCGGCGCCACGCUCUGGUGGCAUGCCUCCAAGCAGCGACCCAAGUCCAAUGUCAUCAGUUUGUACCCUGGCGAGGACGAGAAGCGCUUCUACCGGGUCACCUUCCAUAAGCAGCACCACGACCUCGUCCUCGAUUCUUACCUGCCUUUCAUCCUCGGCGAGGGCCGCACCGUCAUCAUCAAGAACCGCCAGCGCCGCCUGUUCACCAACAAAGCCAGCGGCAGCUCGAGCCCUUACGGGGCCAAGAGCGCCUGGAGCCAUGUACCGUUCGAGCACCCGGCGACCUUCGACACCCUUGCCAUGGACCCCAAACAGAAGGAGGACGUCAUCGAUGACCUCAUGGCGUUCCAAGAGAGCAAGGAGUACUACGCUAAGGUCGGCAAGGCGUGGAAGCGCGGGUACCUCCUUUACGGCCCGCCCGGCACCGGCAAGUCCACUAUGAUAGCCGCCAUGGCCAACUUCCUCGACUACGAUGUCUACGACCUCGAGCUCACGGCCAUCAACAACAACACCGAGUUGCGGAAGCUCUUCAUCGAGACGACGGACAAGUCCAUCAUCGUCAUAGAGGACAUUGACUGCUCCGCCGACCUCACCGGAAAACGCCGCAAGGACAAGAAGGCCUCUCGCGACAAGGACUCUGAUGGCAACGACAAACCCAAGCUACCAAUCGAGCCAGAGAAGGAUGACGCGGCCAAUGUGACGCUCUCUGGCCUGCUCAACUUCAUCGACGGGCUGUGGUCUGCGUGCGGCGGCGAGCGGAUCAUCAUCUUCACCACCAACUACAAGGAGAAGCUGGACCCGGCACUGAUCCGGCGGGGCAGGAUGGACAAGCACAUUGAGAUGUCUUACUGCCGCUUUGAGAGCUUCAAGGUACUCGCCAAGAACUACCUGGAUGUCGUCGAGCACGAGCUGUUUGGGGAGAUUCAGCAGCUGCUCGAGGAGACUGACAUGUCGCCCGCUGACGUGGCAGAGAACCUCAUGCCCAUGUCCAAGAAGAAAAAGAGGGACCCUGACGUAUGCUUGGCAGGCCUCAUCGAGGCGCUCAAGCAGGCCAAAGAAGACGCGGCGGUCGCCAAGGCGAAGGAGGAAGAGGUGGCCAAGGAGGCUGAAGCGAAGAAAGCCAAGGAGAAAGAGGAGGCUGAAAUGAAGAAAGCCAAGGAGAAAGACCAAGGGAAGGACAAAACAUCAGAGGAAGCCAUUGGAGACAACAUGCAAGCUGACAAGAUACAGGAGUAGAGUGAGACUACAUGCUCCGUGACCAAAAGACGCAGUGUUGGUUCAGAUAAGACAUGUAUCACUCAACUGAAAUAUAUAAUGUAGCUUCCUUUUGUCAUUUGCUAGUUCAUGCAUGAAGCGACUGUUGUAAUGUUGCUAUAGGUAGAGGAAGUAGUACAAUACUACAUUAUCCCAACACUGUAUAUUUGUAAAUGCAGAAGGAAACUAAGAUUGUUUGCAUAAAUAUGCAUUUCCUCA